GGGCCUCGCAUACCGGAAGUGUACCGGGAGCUCGGGUGAGGAGGUGAGGUCUGAGUUCUCUGUCUCUUGUCCCCGCUCACGCUCUUCCGGUUGCCGCUGCUGUCCGUCGCCACCAUGGGGAAGCGACAGCACCAGAAGGACAAGAUGUACAUUACCUGUGCUGAAUACACUCACUUCUAUGGUGGCAAGAAGCCAGAUAUCCCAAAAACAAAUUUUCGUCGUUUACCUUUUGACCACUGCAGUCUCUCUCUGCAGCCCUUUGUCUACCCGGUAUGCACCCCUGAAGGCAUUGUCUUUGACUUGCUGAGCAUCCUCCCUUGGCUUAAGAAGUACGGGACCAACCCCAGCAAUGGAGAGAAACUAGAUGGGAGGUCCCUGAUUAAGCUAAAUUUUGCAAAGAACAAUGAAGGUAAAUACCACUGCCCUGUGCUGUUCACCGUGUUCACCAACAACACCCACAUCGUGGCCAUCAAAACGACUGGCAAUGUCUAUGCCUAUGAGGCAGUGGAGCAGCUGAAUAUUAAGGCCAAGAACUUCCGGGACCUGCUGACCGAUGAGCCCUUCUCCCGGCAGGACAUCAUCAUCCUCCAGGAUCCCACCAAUUUGGACAAAUUUAACGUCUCCAACUUCUUUCACGUGAAGAACAACAUGAAAAUGACAGACCCCGAUGAAGAAAAGGCCAAACAGGACCCAUCUUACUACCUGAAAAACACGAACGCAGAGACCCGGGAGACCCUGCAGGAGCUCUACAAGGAGUUCAAAGGGGAUGAGGUUCUGGCGGCCACCAUGAAGGCCCCUGAGAAGAAGAAAGUGGACAAGCUGAAUGCCGCUCACUAUUCCACUGGGAAGGUCAGUGCUUCCUUCACCUCCACCGCCAUGGCUCCGGAGACGACACAUGAAGCAGCUGCCGUCGAUGAAGAUGUCCUGCGCCACCAGUUUGUAAAGAAGAAGGGCUACGUGCGGCUCCACACCAACAGAGGCGACCUCAACCUGGAGCUGCACUGCGACCUGACGCCAAAGACCUGUGAAAACUUCAUCAGGCUCUGCAAGAAGCACUACUACGAUGGCACCAUCUUCCACAGGUCCAUCAGGAACUUUGUGAUCCAAGGGGGCGACCCCACUGGCACUGGCACGGGUGGAGAGUCAUUCUGGGGAAAGCCUUUCAAAGACGAGUUCCGGCCCAACCUCUCACACACGGGCCGGGGCAUCCUUAGCAUGGCCAACUCGGGGCCCAACAGCAACAAGUCUCAGUUCUUCAUCACCUUCCGCUCCUGUGCCUACCUGGACAAGAAGCACACCAUCUUCGGACGGGUCGUUGGGGGCUUCGACACACUGACAGCCAUGGAGAACGUGGAGAGUGACCCCAAAACUGACCGCCCUAAGGAAGAGAUCCACAUCGAGUCCACCACAGUGUUCGUAGACCCCUAUGAGGAGGCUGACGCUCAGAUUGCUGAAGAGCGCAAGAAGACACAGCUGAAAGAGGAGGCCCUGGAGACCACCGUGAAGACGAACCAGCCCCAGCUGGGGAGCCCAGGCCCCCAAGCUUACCGCCAGGGGGUGGGCAAGUACAUCAGCCCUGCAGCCACGAAACGAGCAGCAGAGGAAGAGCCAUCCACUAGCACUGCCACCCCCACAGCUAAGAAGAGGCCCAGCCGAGGUUUUGGAGACUUCAGCUCCUGGUAGCCAACCCAGAGCUCCUGCAUUCUGAAGGCUGCCUUC